UGGUAAGAUGACUCGUGGAAGCUUGCCUCUUGAUGUAAAGACUAGGUGGAAUUCGACUUUUCUUAUGUUAUCUAGAGCAUUACAGUUUAAGAUAGCAUUUGAUAGAAUGGAAGCAGAAGAUAGGCUGUACAAUGACUACUUUCUCGAAGUAGAUAAUGGGGUUAAGCGGUGUGGACCACCUACUUCUAGGGACUGGAAAGCUGUUGAAAAGCUUAUUAGGUUUUUGGUGAUAUUUUACAACAGCACAUUGAUUGUCUCUGCCUCAUCUAAGGUCAAUGCAUUCAAAUGCUAUGGUGAGAUAGUGACAAUUGAGAGAAAUCUCACUGGUUUAGUUAGCAGUUUAGACUCUGAGUUGAAGUUGAGGGCAUCUGAAAUGUUGAAGAAGUUUUCAAAGUAUUGGGGAGGAAUGAAAGGCGUCAACAAGAUGUUGAUCUUAGCAACCAUCUUCGACCCUACACAGAAGAUGCAUUUCGCAAAGCUCUGUUUUGAGAAGCUGUACGGGAAAGAUAGCUUCGAGGCUAAGGAGAUGACAAAAACCGUGACUGAUCUUCUCACAUCCAUGUUUAAGGAGUACAGCAUGCGGUUCAAAAGAGCUUCUGGACAAGCAUCGCAAGAAGCUGAAGCCUCUGCCGUCCCUGGUCCAGACUCUCAGGAACAAGGAGUGGAAAGAAUGGAACUGGUGGUUGAGGAUUUCGGUUAUGAAAGGAUGGAUGCUGUUUACAAGGAACUUGUUGCUGAAAUAGGUGAAGAUACACGAGAUGAGCUUGAAGUGUACUUGAAGGAAGCGGUGGUGACUCAAAAGCUCUUACCGGGAAUGGAGUUUGAUGUUCUGUCUUGGUGGAAGAUGCACAGAGUGAAGUACCCGGUCCUUGCAGAAAUGGCGAGAGAUCUCCUGGCUAUGCAGGUUUCAUCAGUAGCAUCAGAAAGUGCUUUCAGCACAAGUGGCAGGAUAUUGGAACCCCACAGAAGCUGCUUAACUCACUACAUGAUAGAGGUUAUUAUGUGUACUGAGCAAUGGCUUCAUGCUGACAUCAAGCUUAAGGAAACCAUCAUCACAAAUGAGCAAAUCCUAGAAGACGUUGAAGAGCUUGAUAAGCUUGAGAAAGAGUUUGAAGCUCACAAUCUUGGUGAUUGAACUGAGGAGGCUACAAGGUUGAAGGCUGGAGACUGAAGUUCGAAGAGUAUUUUUUUUUCAUUGAAUUAUGUUGUUUUUGUUUGGUUUUCAAUUGGAGUUUUGGAUAAUGGUGAUCUUUGUUUUGUUUUUUUCAUUUCAGUAAUGGUGGUGAUCUUUGUAUCACUUCCAUCUUAAUAAAGUUUUAAAGUUGCUUUCAUCUUUGUCUCUUUGAUCCUUUUUGUCUCUUGGAUAUUGAAAGUUGAA